AUGGAGGCAACACCGAUACCUCCAUUUAUUGGUGCAUUCGAAACAGAAGAUAUGUAUCAAUGUUAUUAUCAAUCAUUGAAUAUGAUUGGAUAUGAAUCAUUUAGAUUUUGGCAAGGUGUUUCAUACAACAACAGUAACAGUGAUGGUUUUACAAGAAAUAAUGGUCCAUUCAAAGGAACACCAUCUCCAUUGUAUAAAUCUACUAUUGCUCCAGAUGUGACUCGAUCAAGUAAUAUUCUAUUUAAUAUUAAUGAUAGAGUUGUCUCAUCCACCGUUGAAAAUGUAAAAUAUUGUACACCAUUGAUUACAUUUUAUACAAAUGAUACACCUACCAUUGAUAGUGUUAUCAAUAUUCAAUUUGGACAAGCAUCACUCGUUACAAUCAAAGGUAAUCAUUUUGGAAAAGAUCAUUCAUAUGUUUUGAUAUUAAUCUAUGGACAACAAUGCAAGUCACCAAGAUUUAUUGGAGAGAGUAAUAAACAAAUCACAUGUUUAUUGGAUGUUGGUUUAAAACCCCAAUCUGAUAAUAUCAUGAUCAGAGUAGCUGAAAUGUUUACAUCGAUACCUCUCAAACAAUGUUACAAAGACUGUAAUAAUAGAGGUCUAUGCGACUUUCUCAUUGGUAGUUGCCAAUGCGAAAUUGGUUAUGACCCCCAUGUGGAUUGUUCAUCAUUGGCGAAUAGAUAUCAACUACUCACCACAACAGUAUUUAAAAUUACAACAUCAACUCUAUCGACCAGUCAACCGAUUAGGGGUGUUAUAGUCAAUUUUACAACUGGAGUUCAAAUCAUUCGAGAAAUCGAUCAAGACAACUCAAUCAUUCGAUCAAUUUCGAUGGAUUCAGUAUCUUGGACACAAGUCAAUCAAACACAAGAUAAUCUGACAUCUUUUAAUGAAUCAAUAUUCCAUGGUACAAUCAACAAUCAAUCGACCAAGAUCCAAAUCAAAAUUGGUCAAUUCUAUAACACUACGAUCAGUACCUUUGCCGGUGAAGAUAUGCAAAUGCCAUCAAAUUCUCUCAAAUAUACUAUCAAAAUAAUUGACUGGGUAUGGUCAUCGCCAUACAACACUCUACAAGUUAUUUUCCAUUCAAGAUCAGAUUCAGUUGAAUAUGAUGAGUGUGGAGUCAAAAAAGCUUACAGAAGCAUAUCACCUGGUAAUCAAGUCAUAUGGACUCGAAUUCAAGUUGGAAGAACGCUCCUCAAUUGUAAAAUAGCGAGUCGAAUGAUUAUCGAUAACUCCACGAUGAUGCCAUCCAAAAUCACCAUUCUUCGAGACGAUGAUGCACUCUCUCAACAAAUCUACAAUCAAGGAUUGAAUCUUUUAACCACUUUCAAUAUCCCACGGUUCAGUGAAUCAGUUGAACUCGAUCCUGUUUUCAACGCACUCAUUCUUGAUGAUGACUCCAAUCUGCCAUAUCAAUGUACAGAAAAAAAAAAAUUCUUGUUUUAA